AUGUCCCAGACACUAAACGAAGGCUGCACGAUCAGUGACGACUGCAGCACGAUCACGUGCAAGAUGAAUUUUGUUGAGAAGCCAAUCACAUUCAAACUCAAGGUAUCAAUAGUCAUUUUCUAUAAAUACCCGCAAAAUAUGCUUAAGGUACGGAAAAACGGCCAACAAAAAACGCGCAACUUGUCUUGCAACAUUGCUGUAAAACGAGUUGAACAGCGAUGUUGCGCGUUUUACCACCCACAUCAAACCUGUCUUGUAACAAAUCAGGUUGUUAACAGGUUUGAACGUGGGUGGUAAAAAGCGCAACAUCUCCUUUCAUCUCCUUUUGCAGCAAUGUUGCAAAACAAGUUGUACGUUUUUUGUUGCCCGUUUUUCCGUACCUUUAACGAUGUAACAGGUUUAAGCCUCAUGUUCCGAGGGAGGUUUAUGUCAUUUGUUCUACUGAUUAACACCAGCUGCAGUCGCUGAACAUACCGUGCGUAGACAGCGCCUCUGGAAACUAAGGCACCUGUACAAGUGGUUCAGUUCUUGUCUUCCUUGGGUUCUGAAGCCUGCAUUCCAUCUGUUUUCAAUUCAGAGUUACGACUGGGGCAAGACAAAGCCUGCGCAUUAAAGAGUAUUAUGAUCUUUCUCGGGAUUCGUCAAUUUCGUAUUGUCCAUAACUAUUUAACUUUGUUUGUCUCCGCUCAAAAUUUUGCAUAACUCAGCAUUGUUUCCAAUUUUUACUGGGUAUAAUUAAUUACAUUCUUCACAAGAGUGAUUCAAAACAAUGCCUUUGUAAAAUUCUAGGGGGCGCGGGCAAACAAAGUAUAGUACAGGCCGGGCAAUUUGAAAAUGGCGAUUGACUUACGUAAAGUCAAGUAAGUCAAGUUGAAUGUCAAUCGGAUUCAACUCCGCAUUGAUAACCGACAAAACCCGUGGGUUAUUACUAAUAUUGUAAGGCCCACGUCACAUGGGGAAGAGCCUAAUGCUAAUAGUAAGCCAAACCGAUAGAUUUUGCUCAUUUGCAUCAGGUUCGAAUUUUUCUUGGGCCUAGUAAGAACAGUAAGAAAGAACAGUUAAAAGAACUUAGUUUUAUGAAUGGUAAAUGAAUCAUAAUUGUUGUCAAAGGUACAUUUGUUGUCUCAGUUGUCAGUGACCUUUUAGGGUCAAUAAGUUACCAUAUAAAGGAUGAAACUCAUAUCCAGUAUAAACAAAUGUACUAUCAUUCACCACUAAGAAAAACUGGCAUUUAAUCAUUACCAACCAGAUUAACAAAUGUGAUGAACCCGUCACUGUAACGGCCUCUAUGAAUGUCCCGGAUUUGCGUGUCACGUGGUCUCACGCCUACACCAGUGACGACAUCAUUAAAGUGCCCGGAUUUACUGUAUCUUUACCUUCUAUUUUCUCCGCUGGAGUGUACGUUCAAGUUCAACUCAAAGACAACGGGGACAGACUGCAUCUUAAGGCAAGUACUGAUGUAAAGCGACUUGUAAUGUAGUGUGACCUCAAUUUUAAAAAGGACGUUAUGUGACGUCAAACAUUAAAGAACAUUGUAAAGGAGUGAAUUCAGCUACCGUAUAUAAUCGAAAGCUUUUAAAGUUUUCAUAUUGUUGGUGCGGUGCUCAUUUGGAUGCCGUGCCUUUUGAGAUUCGAAUACGGUCACGUAUUUCCAUCUCAUUUGGCCAUGUGCUUUCCAUCAAAACAAAGGAAAAAACAGUACUUCACUGCCUCCAACGGUCAAGAUAGGGAAACCUUAGAAAAACGUGCAGCCAAAGUUGUAAUUUUUUAACAACAGUAAAGAAAGUGAAGGAAUAUAUUUAAGAAUUUCAGCAGGAUUAUAAACUUUGGCGAUAAACAAUUUUAUGAGCAAUAGACUGAAAAUAGUCCAGAACAACCCGGCAUUCAACGCUAAUUCAAGUUCAUUACCGAGUUUAAUUUCAUGUGCAACAGAAUUUAAAACUAAAGUGAAAAUUUGAGCGCUUAGUGACACUAACGCAUGCGGCGCCCAACAUCAAUCGUUUAAACGACUCAAAGCCAGAGUUCUCUGGAGAGGGAGAUUCUGCCAGCAGGAAAAAGAAAAUCAAUAAGUUCGAAAUAGUUCUGUCUUUUAAUAGGUGAAGCUACUGGCCGGUGGAGAAGUGUUGGGCAAAGGUGUUUAUCCUGUGAAAGUUACUGUGAGGAGGGAGACUUGCCGAUUUCAACUAACGAUUGUG